AUGCAUCUAGAUGGGUGGGCAGAUGUGAACAGAACGGCUUGCCCUUCCGCGCCUUCCGUUAUGUCAAGUUUUUGUGUCUCUUGGUGCUCGACGCUGUGCGUUUAUUUCAGCCCACGCCUGGUUGAGGCUGGCCAACCAUCAGGUGGUCAGACUUUGGUGACGAUGGAUUCUGCACCAGGACCUGGAGCGGGACAAAGCAAUGUGGACAAGACCAUCAUUGUGCCUGGCCAUUUGGUCGGCAAGAUCAUAGGUCCUGCAGGAGCCACCAUCAAAAAGAUGGCUGCAGACACUGGUGCACAGAUCAACAUGGAUUCUGUGGUGCAGCCAGGAGGCGGAAAAGCAGUGGUCAUCACAGCAGCUGACCCUGCUGCACGAGAGCGUGCCAAGGCCCAUGUGCAGAGUUGGAUCAAAGACCAGGCUCCGGCCAUGGGAACUGGCUACCAGCCUCCAGGUGGCCUGGGUGGCAUGCAGCCAAUGGGUGGACUUGGCGGCAAAGGUGGCAUGCCAGGUGGCAAAGGAAUGGGUGGAAUGGGGAUGGGAGGCAUGGGAGGUAUGGGCAUGGGGCCACCUGGAGGUCUUGGUGGCAUGGGCGGUAUGGGAGGUAUGGGUCCAGGAAUGGGUCCAGGCCUUGGCAAAGGCGGCAUGGGACCUAUGCCAGGUCCAAUGGGCAAAGGUAUGGGCCCUCCCAUGGGAAUGGGGAUGGGCGGCAAAGGCAUGGGCGGCUGUGGUAUGGGCGCGCAAAACAUGCCCAAGAGCACAGGAGGCUUGAUGCCUCAGAAUACAGGAAUGAUCCGCCCCGGACAGAUGGGUAUGCCGCCACCACAAUACUAA